AUUACCAGUGAGCCACGCCCUAAACAGUAUCUGCGAGAACCUAUCUACUGAUCUACAUACAAAGAAUGGCUGGACUUGUAAAGCCAAAGAAAUACGACUGGAAGGACAGCAACCUUGCUCUCUUUGGAUCUGACCUUGAAAGAAACGUCAAGAAAGCUGCGGCAGAGACAGAGCCGGCAUGGAAAGAGGCAGGAAAGAAAGUGGGCCUGCAGAUAUGGCGCAUUGUCAAGUUUAACGUUAAAUCCUGGCCUAAGAAUCAAUAUGGACAAUUCUUCAAUGGAGACAGUUACAUUAUCCUUAACACAUACAAGAAUGAGGGUGAAGAUGAGUUGCUAUAUGAUGUGCAUUAUUGGAUUGGACAGUACUCUACUGCUGAUGAAUACGGUACAGCUGCCUACAAGACAGUUGAAUUGGACACUCUUCUUGAUGACAAGCCUAUACAGUAUCGUGAAGUAAUGGGCCAUGAGUCUGACUUAUUCAGGACUUACUUUAGUGAGAUAACACUUCUGGAAGGAGGAGCUGAUAGUGGCUUUUAUCAUGUUAAACCUGAAGAGUAUAAACCACGUCUCCUCCACUUCCAUGGAGUAAAGAAAAGCAUUGAAGUCCGUGAGAGGCCAUUGAGCAAGAAGGCUCUUGACGAUACUGAUGUGUUCAUACUUGAUCUUGGACAGAAAAUAUAUCAAUGGAAUGGUGAUGGAGCCAAUAAAGACGAGAGAUUCAAAGCUUCUCAGUACCUUCAAAAACUAAGGAGUGACAGGGGCAAAUGUGAAACUGAAGUCUUUGUUGGAGAGGAUCUCGAGUGGUUGAAACUUGUUGAGAAGUAUCUUCCUGACGUUGAUUUGGAUGAUGAUGAUGAUGGAGCUGAUGAUGACUUUGAACCAUCAAUCUUUAGGUUGAGCGAUGAAACUGGUGAAAUGAAAUUCACUAAAGAAGCCAAGUAUGCUCGAUCAAGCCUUGAUACUAAAGAUGCUUUUAUUGUUGACACUGGCAAGGCUUGCUUUGUCUGGAUUGGCAAGGAAACCACACAGUCGGAGAAACGUCAAGCUAUGAGCUAUGCCCAUGAUUAUUUGAAAAGGACCCAGCAUCCUCUUGUAUCUGUCUCACGUGUCGUUGAAGGCAAAGAGACCGCUAGCUUCAAAGCUGCUCUACCUUAAGAGACUGGACUGAAUACAAGAGGCUACAAUAAUAGCUGACAUUGCUUGAUUGCUAACACUUUAGUUAACUUUUACAUUAUUUUGUAGCUUUUAUACUUCAUGAGAAGCAUGACUAUAUUUUAGAAAAGAGAAGACACAUAAGAUAUGA